AUCAAAAUGAGACCUGGAGAAAUUUUUCAAAAGUUUAUAAGUUAAACUUAAGAUUUUAUUCCUCAAAAGAAUUAAUCUUACACACUUUAGGAGGAUCUCAAAAUAAUUCUAGCGCUUAAAGAUAUUGACAUUGUUCAAUCUAAAAAUUUUAAAGAAAUUGAAGAGAAUUAAACAGUAAAAAGAACUUACAAUUCAAUAAAAAAUAGGUAGAAAUAAAACUUAUAAUAGAUAUAUGGAUUAUCUUUAGUGCUUAACUGAAUAAAAUAUGGAAUAAAUAGCAUAACAUUUAAAUUAACAAGGAUUGGUAGGAUAUAUGUUAUUUAGUAACACUUAACCUAGGGAAUUCAUAAAAAUAGUUAAUUUAGAUCCUAAAAUGAUGGAAAAAGAAAAAAAGAAAUUGGAUGAAGAACUAGAUAUAAAUAAAAUAUAAAAAGGUAAAAUUGAACAUAGAAAAUCAAAUGAUCCUACAUUCCCUAAAAAUGAUUUUGAUAAGUUUUCUAUUGAAGAUUUGGAUCAAGUUUUUAGUCUUUUAGCUGAUUAUAAAGGAGUUCCUAAAGCAUAUUUAGUUGAAAGAUUACAUUAAUUAAGUGGAAAUUUUGAAGACUUAGAUGGAUUUUUAAAAACAAAUGAUGAUACUUAUUGUUUUUUAGAAGAAGAGGAUCAUCUGUUAAAAGAGGAUCAUAAUAAAGAAAGUCCAGCUAUUCGAUUAUUAAUAAGAAAGAAAGGCAUUUCAAGAGUUUAAAGAAGAUUAAAAUACUUAGGGAAAUGAUUAUUAAAAUUAUUU